CUCAAAGUCUGCGUAUUCCCUCGGAUGGUAGCAUUGUUAAGUUGUCGUGCCGUGGCCCUUGUGCGAAGUUGACUUGUUGUGGAGAGACCAUGAAGUGUUUGUGCUUUGUUGUCUUGUCUCUUGUGACCCUUGUGGUUGUGGCGGAAGAGAAGCCACCGGAAGGGCGGAAAGGCAAACGCGGAAUAUUUGAUUUUGGAUAUGGAUACGAUGGAUAUGCAGCUGAUUUUGGGCACUUUGAUCAUGGAUUCUUGCCAGGUCCAUACCCCGGCCCAUAUCCUGGUCCAUUCCCAGGUCCAGGCCCUUGGCUACCACACGGAGGAAUCAUUGGAGCUCAUACAAACACAAUUAUCACCAAGAAGAUCGGCUUCCCGGUCCCGGUUCCCGUAGACAGGCACAUACCGGUACCUGUAAAGGUUCCUGUUGCAGUUCCAGUCCCCUAUCCCGUUGUGAAACAUCUUCCUGUACCAGUUGUAAAACACAUCCCUGUCCCAUAUCCCAAACCCUACCCAGUUCCAAUUGUAGCUAAACCACUACUGCACGACCCCUGGUUGGGGCCAAAAAUCUGGUGAGAUUGUCCUACAGAAUGCAGCCAUGAUCAUCCUAUAGAUUAAUCAUCAUCAACUCUCCUAAUAACACAACAACUCCCCAUAAGCUCUACAUGUGCCAAACACACAAAAUCAGAGACGAGGAAGCAUAAAUAUAUAUGUAUACUUUUUUAACUACAGUAAAAUAUAGGUAGUGUAUCACGAAUGGCAAUAAAAGACCAAUAAGAAAAAAAAGUUGUUUGAUUGAGGAAAAGUCUCGGCAAGUAAGAAAUUGCAGAGUGAUCGACAAUUUAAUUAGACGUGCGU